UCUCACAUUAUUUUCCUGAGACCUUUUUGUAUAAAUAUGCAAAUAUAAACGAGAUUUGUGAGAAUUAGGCAGUUUUUUAUAAUUAAACUGUGUAAGUUGUUGCGUGUGCGUCCAUAUCAGGGUGGACAGCGUAAUGUGCGUUAUUAUGUCCAAAUGUUCCCUAGGUAGGCAGCUCACUAGAGUCGUCGGUUAAUACAUCUAAUCAGGCUGUAAACUCACAGAGAGUCGAGGAGCCUGACCCAAACAACAGUUCUGCUGUGACUGACGAGGGGGCAAACACUACAAUGAGUCCUGAUCCUCUUGGGACUCAAUCAACCCCUUUACCAGUUAUGGACAAGCACAACUUUACUGCUCUGCCCCAGUGGAAAUUUGAUGAUAUGUAUCGAUUGGAUCCACAGUUUAAACAGAGUGAAUGCACAGCGUCUUUACGAAAUUCCACGAAUCCAGUGUUCAAGGAGAAGUUUAUUCCAAACAUUCAGCUGUUUUUACAAAGCGAUCAUCUCAACAUCAGUGAAUGGAACUGGCUUUAUCACUUCAACAACCCCUUUGGCUAUAUGGGACUCAAUUACACAGCCAUAAAAGCAGCUGUUGACACCAUCCCUAAACUUGCAUCUACCCAGUUACUACAAGCAUCCACAAGAGUGAAGGAUGGCUGCAUUCGCUGUGCUGUUGUUGGGACUAGCGGGAUUCUCAAUGGGUCCAGACUAGGAAAGGAAAUUGACUCUACUGAUUAUGUGUUCAGGGUGAAUGCAGCCAUUAUUGAAGGCCAUGAGGAGGAUGUUGGGAAAAGGACAUCCGUUUACGUGCACACAUCACAUUCUUUAAUCCAGUCCCUCACGUUACACAAAAAGAGAGGUUUUAAACAGAUUCCUACUGACAAGGACAUUAAAUAUGUUCUAAUCCCUGAGGGUCCAAGAGAUUAUAACUUUCUCGAGUCCCUUAUGAAGAACAGAAGAAUACCAUCAGGAGCAUAUCGUGGACAUACGCCAAGGAAAUAUUAUAGUGGACAUUUUAAUGAAAGUUCGUACUACAUCCUCCACCCAGACUUUCUCAGAUACGUGCGAAACAAUUUUCUUAGGUCAAAACAAUUAAAUACUAAAAGAUGGUGGCUGGUCAGACCCACUAAUGGUGCAUUUACUCUUCUGUUGGCUAUGCACACAUGUGACAUUGUGAGAGUAUAUGGUUUUAGCACGACUGACUACCAGAAAUAUUCUAACUACUACUACGACAGCAAACACACUAAACUAGUGUUUUAUGCCAAUCAUGAUUAUCGUUUGGAGAUGAAAACCUGGAAGAAAUUUCAUGAUGAAAAAGUUAUCUGGAUGUAUUUGGGAAAAUCUGAUAUGUAAGUGAAUUGAUCUAAUUAAUAUUAAUUAAAAUGACCUGAAUAAUUACUAGAGAGAAGUAAGUUAAACAGUGUCGUUGUGUUGUUUCACAAUGAAAAAAAAAGU